AUGACGGCAGAAUUGCGCGGCAGAGAAUUUUCGCCGCUGCGAGAGACCACGAACGACAUUAAACCGUAUAUAUACGAACCACUGGAAACCCUAACUACAAUUCGGAUUUUAUUCCUAGAGCCCGGAAUUGGGAACGAGCCACUGAGAGGUGAAGUUUGUUAUCUUGACAUCGGCGAAAACUAUCACGGCCCACCUUCCAACACGGAGGGGCGGCGGGUGCUCGGACCUGCGCCUUUGUCGCCGCCUGGAACUCAAUACUACGAGGCCUUAUCGUAUGUAUGGGGGACGCCUGCCCGCUGUCAGACCAUGAAAUCAUCACAAGGGACGAUCCCUCUGACGAGGAACCUGGAAGAAGCCUUGAAGCACAUACGAUUACCUGACCGUCCGCGAAAUGUAUGGGCUGAUGCCGUAUGUAUCAAUCAAGAUGAUAUGAAAGAGCGAGGUCAACAGGUGAAAUUGAUGGGACAAGUCUAUUCAAAGGCCUUCCAGGUUUUAGUUUGGCUAGGCUCAGAUCCUACCAGCAGCGCUCCGUCGUUGUUCAGGAACGCAAGCCAAUUCCUUGGGAAGUCUUCAGAAGAUAACUUGGGAAGCAUUGGGAAGAUUGAAUGGUUCGAGCGGCUUUGGGUGAUUCAAGAGGUCAUGCUGGCGCGACGGCGAGCGGUCGCACUUUGGGGAAGUGAGCACGUCGAUUUUUGCCAUCUGAUCAACUUCGAAGAUUCUAUCACAAGAAGAAAGGGAAGAAAGUCUGUACUUCCCAAGUGGACAGAACUUUUACUCUAUCCUCCGAGUAUGGUCGAGUUCUUGGAUUUUCUGGAUCGAACGAGAGGCUCGCGCUGCACCGACGAACGAGAUCGAAUCUACGCGAUACUUGGCCUCCAUUUCAAUGAGUCGGACCUGCUUAGUCAGAGAAUUAAAAAUCUACAACCCGACUACACAAAGGAAGCCGUGGACCUGUUCCUCGAGGUUGCUUGCUUAUGUAUCGAAUGUGGGAAGCUACUGGAAUUACUGAAGCGGGUUUGUCACCGCCCUGAUGAAGAUCUACUUGCACUACGCCGGCCGUCAUGGAUCCCCGACUGGACACGGGCGAGCGCGUCGAAACCUCUCUUUGACACUCGCACAUCAUACAACCUACCCGGAUCUCUUAAAGUUAAGCAGCACACCCACAGCCUGACCCUUCGGGGCGUACAGCUUUCCACCAUUCUCUCCGGUUCGCACAGAGUCCUAUUCACAGACAACAUGGAAGAAUGCAUGCACACUAUUGCCACAUUCUGGGAACAAUAUGUUCGAUCAGCCGGCUCUGAAACCGAAUGUAAUGGUGUUAAUUUCCAAUUUCUAGAAGCGGUUUCGCUAGGCACGCUUAACUAUCGCUGGUGUUCCAGCGACUUGGAGCUCUCUAGAUGUCUUUGCAAUGCUAUCCGUUGGCACGACAGAGCCGUGGAUUAUAUCGAUCGAAGUUCAGGGACUAAGGAAAUGAUUUACGCUUUUUGGAUAUCCGCACAGGAGGAGAUAAAAGCGAUCGCCAAUGGCGCAGGGCGUAGAAGUCACGCUGCUGGGGCCAGCGAUUCGGCAAUUUUCUACUGGGAAGGAAGGAAACUAUUCGCAACGGUUGAUGGAAAUUAUGGCUUGGGGCCUAGGGCUCUUCAAGAGGGUGAUGUGCUCGUCGCUGUGUCUCAGGUAGGACUACCGAUUGUGAUAAGGAGAAAGGGGGAUGGUAAUGGCUAUCACUUCGUCGGAACGGCAUGCAUACCGGAAUUCGACCAGGUCAGGGUUACGCAGGAGUUGGAACGUGCGGGUGGGGAACUUGAAGACUUUGAGUUAUUUUGAACAUGCGGAGAUGGCCUUGACAAUUUCGCACUGAGUCUUGGCUGGUUGUACCUUGCAGAGCGCCAUGGUUUGUCGGGUCCUAAGAAUUCGGGCGCAUGAGUUACCGUCUUAGCGUACUCUCUAUUAUCCCAGUAGCAACGCUGUAUUGCAACGCACCGCCUUGUGGGUAGUGCGCAUCACCCUUUUCGCCUGGACGUCGAACCCGAAGGUAGACUCGAGGAUCUCUUCUCCUCUGCCAGCAAAGAUUGGCAGGGAAACGAGAGGGGACUAAAGCAACAAAUCCCCCAAAGCUUGCAUCUGCAGCCCUGCGGCUCCGCUCAUCAAUCCACGAUUACUACUUGUGGCUAAAUUCUGGAGUCUUGUUGGCCAUCGAAGCUUCUUGGUAGUAGUCUAAC